AUGGGUAACAAUUCCAAGAAGCUUGUUUCAGGCGUCUACUACUCCAAUUGGUCUGUUUACGGGGCCAAACACUUUCCUGAGGACAUGGACUCUGACCAUCUUAGUCAUGUUUUCUACGCCUUUAUGAAGAUAGACUCUCAAACGGGUGAGGUUGGCUACUCGGAUCAGUGGGCUGACAUCGACAUGCCUGUGGGUGAUGCCGAUGGAGCUUUGGGACUGAUAGCCAACUUGAAGAAGAGGAAAAGGAACUUGAAGGUGGUUAUGUCAAUUGGGGGUUGGGGAACUGCCGACCAAUUCUCUCAGGUAACUAGGGACGAGGCCAAGCUCACGAAAUUCGUUGAUACGGCAAUAAAGCUUGUUGAAAAGCAUAAGUUUGAUGGCAUUGACAUAGAUUGGGAGUUUCCUGCCAACGAUCAAGAGGGCUACCAAUUGGUGAGUCUACUUAAUCGAUUACGAGCCGCAUUGACAGAUUUAAGAGCCGGCUUGAUAUUGACUAUCGCCUCGCCAGCUAGCGAAUACCACAGCAAGUAUAUUGAUUUUGGUGCCAUUGAUCAAGUGAUCACAUACUGGAACGUUAUGGCUUACGAUUUUGCCGCUUCCACAUUCUCUCAGAAGAUCGGAUAUCACUCGAACAUGUAUGGUCACAAUGGCGACACUGACUUGAACUGCGACGCCAUUAUCCAAUUCUACUCUCGAUUGGUAGAUACUCUGAAGAUACUUAUGGGUAUGCCAUUGUAUGGAAGGCAAUAUUACAAGCCCUCCGAGCCCAAAAUAGGAAGCCUGUUUUCCAGAGAAAAUCCUUAUGGCUCAGACACGAUAGACUAUCAUUUAAUAGAUAGGGGAAUUGAGCAAUUUGAUCACGAAAAAGUGGCUGCUCAUGCUUAUGACUCACAAAAGGAUGUCUUCAUCACUUAUGAUAGUCCAGAGUCCACAAAUCACAAGGCAUCUUAUGUUCUUAAUAAAGGCCUUGCUGGUGGCUUCUGGUGGGAGUCAAAAGGUGAGUCGAAAGAAGAAGAUAGGAGGUUGGUGAAGAAGUUCGUCGAUAACUUGGGUGGAACGGAGGUGUUGGAAAGUUCAGAAAAUUGGGUUUAA